GUGAGAUUUUCCCGAACUGAAAACCUCCUGUUUUUGUUCUGUCAGAUCCUCUACAUGGCCUCCUUCUUCUACACGCUCAACUACAUGUGGAACCUCUACACCGAAAUCAGAGAGAAGCUCUACAGCUGCAUGACCGGAUACUCGGUACACUUUUCCAACAGAGUGAGCACCGCUGGCAAAAUCACUGCGCUGUUUUCAGGUCUGUUUCCUGUGCUGCUGAUGGCACCUGUUUUCAUACAAGGAAACAUCAGCCAAUGUCAAGCCAACUUCAGCGAGCCAUACAGGUGUCUGCUGAUGCACACCGGAGCGCUGUAUCUUACCUCAGAGCACCAGCAGCCAAUCAGAGCCUGCAGCCUGCUGCACACCUACUGCAUGGGCAUCUUCCUCGCCACCUUCUUCCUCACACUUCUCAGCAUCAUUGUGCUCGUGGUCAAAGCCUGUCAUAUUUACAGGCGGGUCGUGACAUCAAACGGUUACUUAGGCAACCAGCAGCGGGCCUCCUUUCGUGUGAUGGACCGGCGGAUGCUCCUUUACCCGUUGAUCUUCGUCCUCUGUUGGGGUCCAGCGGUGGGUCUGGCAUUUCUUCAGGUGGUUAAACCCACAGCGGGUCAGGGCAAGGCCGGGGUCGCCCUCUACAUAUCACAGGCUUUCACCUCAGCCUCUCAGGGUUUCCUAAACUGCCUGGUCUACGGAUGGACCCGUGCACGUCUCCGCCGAGCCGGCAGGAGGGUUCUAUCCCGAGACGUGGAUACUCAGACGCCUCUCCUGAGGGCGCAGAAGAAAAGAAGCUACCAAACGCUCCGCACCCUUUGCUGAAAGAAAGAGAAGUGACAAACUGAAAGUGAGACUGAGUAGGUGUUUUUUCAGUCAUCUGCUGCAAAGACUCGAGAGGAAAGAUCUAUACUUUCACUUCAGUCAGUGAGAGGGAAAACACCGGGGCUGAGUCUCUGCAGGGGUUUUGAUUUCCACCUCAGAUCCUGAACCACUGAGGCGAGAAAAAAGGGAAGAAGAAGAAAGAGGGGGACUUUACUACGAGAGGAAGAGCACGCAUUGAAAGACACGUGGCUGCAUUCACUCUGUAAACAAAACCUCACGGGUGGUUUGAAGUUAUAUUUAAAUCUUACAGUUUAGAACAAUUGAUUUUUUCUUACCUUAAAAUCAGAAUCAGAAUCAGAAUCAGAAAUACU